AUGGCUCAUUCUGAUUUUUACUCAGUUCACAGCAACUUCACCACAAAGCUGGUUCUCCAUGUUAGGGACUCAAAGGGACAAAUCAUCGAUGCUGCUGCUUCUGCACUUAGUUUGUUGAAAGAUGUAGAGGUGGACGCCAUAAUCGGUCCUCAGAAAUCUGGGCACACCAAUUUUGUAAUUGGUCUCGGAGACAGAGCACAUGUUCCAAUCAUUUCUUUCUCUGCAACUAGUCCUCUUCAUCCACAAACACCCUAUUUUGUUCAAACAGCCCUGCGCGAUGAGACUCAAGUUGUGGCCAUUGCUUCUCUAGUUAGAAACUUCGAUUGGAGCCAGGUUGUCAUCAUAUACGAAGAUUCAGAAUAUGGUAAUGGUAUCAUUCCUUAUCUGUCCAAUGCAUUUCAAGAUGUCGAUGCUCGAGUUUCGUACAGAAGCAUUAUACCUCUGUCUGCAACCGAUGAAUUUUUGCUCCAAGAGUUGUAUAAGAUGAAAACUAUGCAGACAAGGAUAUUUGUGGUGCACAUGUCAAGUUCCAUUGCUUCUAGACUCUUUCCAAAAGUCAAGGAAGCAGGAAUGAUGAGUGAAGGCUAUGCAUGGAUUAUAACCAGUGGACUGAUGGAUCUACUCUACUCGAUGGACUCUCAUGUUGUGGAUAGUAUACAAGGAGUGCUGGGCGUAAAACCACUUAUUCCAAGAUCCAGAAAACUCAGGUCUUUUGCUAAUAGGUGGAAGCAAAAGUUUCUCAAGGACAAUCCUAGCAUUUUACAAGCAGAAUUAAGCCUUUUUGGUCUAUGGGCUUAUGACACUUUAUGGGCAUUGGCUAUGGCUGCAGAGAGAGUUAAAUUCAGCGAGCCAAAUUCUUUACAAAACACAAGUGCCAUCAAUUCUUCUGCAGACCUUUUUACUCCUGCAAUGUCAAAAACAGGUCCAAAAAUUCUCAAAGAAUUGUCUCAUAUUACUUUUCAAGGACUUAGUGGGAACUUCCGUUUAGUUAAUCGACAAGUAGAGCCAUCAUCGUUUCAAAUACUUAACGUGGUCGGAAAUGGCGAGAGAGAGGUUGGAAUAUGGACACCAUCUUGGGGAAUUUCAAGCAAAGGCGACAUCAACGUUACAAAUUCUUCAAAGAAGAGUUUGAGGGGCAUAAUAUGGCCAGGAGAAUCAACAGUGGUACCCAGGGGAUGGGAGGUUCCGGCAAGCGGUAAAAAGCUUAGAAUUGGAGUCCCAGCUGAAAGUGGAUUUACUGAAUAUUUGAAAGUGAAAAGGGAUCCUCAAACUAAUGCUUCCAAAGUUACUGGAUACUACAUAGACGUAUUUAAUUCUGUGAUGGCAGCACUUCCAUAUGCUGUGCCAUACGAGUAUGUUCCUUUUGAGAAAUCUGAUGGUUCAAGUGCAGGGAGUUAUGAUGAUCUUGCUUAUCAAGUUUUUCUGCAGAACUAUGAUGCUGUAGUGGGGGACAUAACAAUCACUGCUAACCGAUCAAAGUACGUAGACUUCACUCUACCAUUUGCAGAAGGAGGAAUAAACACUAUAGUGCCAAUCACAUAUGAUGAUCCGAAUGAUAAUUGGAUUUUCUUGAAGCCUCUUACAAAAGAAUUGUGGUUAACAGCAAUAGCAUUAUUUGUAUUGACUGGCGUGGCGCUCUGGAUUCUUGAACAUAGGUUUAACAACGCCUUCCGAGGUCCCCCUUCACAGCAUGCUGGCAUGAUCUUUUAUUUUCCCUUCAUGUCAUUAGUAUUCGCACAGAGAGAAAGAAUAAUGAGCAAUUUAGCUCGGUUGGUAGUGGUUGUCUGGAUGUUUGUUGUACUGAUAUUGAACUCAACUUACACUGCAAGCUUGUCAGCAAGAUUAACAGUACAAAGACUACAACCGGCGAUUACAGAUGUGAAGGAGCUUAUUAAGAACGGAGACUAUGUAGGAUGUCGAAAAGGCUCAUUCGUUGUUCAUCUCUUAAAGGAUCUUGGGUUCGAAGAAUCCAACAUCAGGAGUUGCAACCAUCCAGAGGAUUGUGAUGAAGCCCUGGCUAAAGGAAGCAAAAAUGGUGGUAUAUCAGCCCUUUUCUCUGUAAUGCCUUACGCCAAGCUCUUCUUAGCCAAGUACUGUGAUAAGUACACUACAGUAGGCACCACACAUCGUUCAGAGGGUUAUGCAUAUGUUUUCCCAAAGGGAUCGCCUUUAGUUGCUGACGUUUCUCGUGCCAUACUUGAGUUGACAGAGAACGGCAGGAUUUCAGAACUCGAACGACAAUGGAUCAAGAAUCCGACGCAUUUUGAUCAAAGGGACCCUAGAUAUUGUGGUUCUAAAGAAAAUGCAUCAACAACUUUCCCUGGAAAUUUUGGGCCAGGUGUAGUAGUCCCAAUCUCAGUGGAAGAAAUGAAUGAUUCCACUAGGGACAUUAGCCCGAACUCACAACAGACAGCUGCUGCUGCAGACCAGUCAACUGUUUAA